UGCAAACAGAGUGAGUGCCCGAGACAUGGAGCUCUAUGGACUGUGCGUGUUAUACCUCUGGCUCUGGGUGGUGACUGCCGACAGACAUACCGUCUUCUGGAACAGCACCAACAGCAGGUUCCUUUGGGAUGAUUACACCGUAGAGGUGCGAAUGAAUGACUACUUGGAUAUAGUGUGCCCACAUUACGAGGAGGGCAGCGUGCCCAGCCACACAGUAGAGCGGUACACCUUGUUCCUCGUGGAUUAUGAAGAGUACGCGACGUGUCAGCCCAUCUCCAAGGACCAGGUGCGCUGGGAGUGCAACAAGCCCUUCGCUCCACACGGACCCGAGAGACUAUCGGAAAAGUUCCAGAGGUUCACCCCCUUCACCCUGGGCAAAGAGUUCAAGGAGGGUGGCACAUACUACUAUAUCUCUAAACCGAUCCACCACCACGGGGACUCGUGCUUGAAGCUGCGCGUGCACGUGGCCGGGAGAGCAACACAGCCGCCCUCCACCAACGUUCACACCCCGAAAGCCAGGAUCCAAUCGGACGAACCUGCAGCAGAUCUUCCGGGGGUCCUCAAAAGUGUGGCGCAGAACUCCUCACCGCGCAGCACCUCCGUCACCCUGCUCUGCCUCCUGCUCCCUUUACUGACUCUUCUCGGCUUGUGAAGCAGCAUCAAGAGCUCAGCGAUCGCGCGGAAGAGAAGGCGUCCGCAAUGUGGCCCCCAAACACUCAUACCUAGAACUCACCGACACGUCCGAUGACCAAAGCACGCACAAAGCGUGAAUAUGCACGAGGAUAAACGCGGGGCCAAAGGACAGCCACAAAAGUGCACUUUGCAGCUGCUUCCGACACGUCGACGGGGAGGAGGACUCGGCGGAUUCUCGCCGGCAGAGAUCCGCGCAGGCUCCCUGUAACUUUCCGGAGAUGGUGGCGGAAGUGGGAUCUGCUCAGCUAGCGCCAAAAGUAGCAGUAUUUGUAUAGCGUGCCGUCUUACGCCUUGGCUGGUGUAGGAGGCAUCCAUGUACGUUGUGAAUAUGUAAAUACGCGAGAGAUUUAUAGUGUUAACAGGGUCCUCGGACUAAUCUUCCUCUGUAGUAAGACUAAUCCUUGUAUACACCGAUGCCGACCGACGGCCUCCUGAUCACUGACGUGAAGCCUCUGCUCCCUCGGCCAGCGGCGCGGAGGCUCUCGAGGACUCCAUGUGAAUAAGAUGUAUAGAUUUGUACAGCAGCAGAAAUUGUACAGUUUUAUAGACGUUUGCUUUUUCUAACGAAGGUCCUUAAAUAAAGAGGGCGUUUUAAAUAAAA